CAGAUGGCGGUAUAAGGUAAUUCGUUGACUGAAUUGAGUAAGUAUCCAAUAGAUGGAGCCAUGUUAAAAGUACAACAUUUUAUGUGUGUGUGUAACCUACGAUUUAUUAUUAUAACCACGUGUAUUUGGUGCUAGCAUAAUCGGCCACGUGUUGCUGAGGCUAAAUAAGUUAAAAUGGCAUUAUCGUAAACGUAAUACAGUGAAAAUAAAUUGUUCUUGGUUUUGCUAUGUUUAGUGCUUUAUUGUGCUUAUAGGACUUUAUUAAAAAUCUUCUAUUAAAAUAAAUACAUCCAAAUGCCACCAAAAAAAUCUAACCUCAAUAAUGCGCGGAGCAAAGAGGCACGACGCAAACGUGUUGAAAGAGCUCAUCAGUCGGCAGAACAAACUAUAGCAAGGAAUGCGGCUCAAAGAGUCAGGACAGCAGAGGGUCGUGCACACGAAUCCCAAGAACAGCGUGACGAACGUCUGCGACAAACUAUCACGAGAACAAGAGCGGCACGUGAACAAAAUAUAGCUACAGCACGAGGACAAGAACGACAGAGACAGCGGACCAGCGCUAAACACUCGACGGAUAAUGUAAAUUUAAGAGAACAAGUUGCAUGUACACGUGCAAAUAAAAAUUCAGAGCAACGCAAUCAACGUCUUCGUGCUGAUACAUUAAGAAAACGAGAGGCACGUCAACCAGUGACCAACGCACACAGAAAACGUAACCAACGGCGAAAUAAAUAAACCUAACAUAACCUAACCUAAUAUAUUCUCUAUAUAUGUAUAUAUAAAUGUAGAUUUCGUUUGUGUCUAAUCGUGAAUCUCCAAAAGUACUUUACCGAUUGUCUUGAAAUGUUGACACAACGUUGAAUUCAUAUAAAGCUACGUUUUUAUUACAUUAAUUUAUUUGUAAAAUAAUUAUAUUUAAUUUUUUUUUUAAUAAUUUUUUAUAUGACUACAGAUUUCAGUGAAUUCUCGGUACAUUUGAGCCUAUGUAAAUAUGUUCACGCCAAACAUUUGACAUAUGUGAGAGAGUGAGAGAACAACUAAAGAGUGCGUGUGAGUGUGUAUAGGAAUAUUUCUAAAAGGAUCAAUAAAUGUCGGAAAAAUGUUCUUUUAUGGUGCGUGCGGCGAUAUGAGUGUGAGUGUGUGCGUAAGAGUGUUUCAAUUGAAAAGAAAGCAAACGUGUUUUAUUUGUAAGAUGACACUCCUUAAUGUUGUCGUUUUGUGUAUGUAUGAUGAAUGCGCCGAAGUCUCUGGAACACUCCUAAUGCAGAAGUAUAGGAAAGAUCCAGUCUUUAAUUAAUCGGAAAUGACCUAAGGGCUUUGAGGAAGAAUGCAGGAGGUAGCGAAAAAGGUGGAGUUAAUAAAUAUGUAUAUUAUGACAACGUAGGGAACCAGUGAUUGCCUUCUUGAUUCCGUCAUUUAACGACGAGUCUAUUACGAGUGUAUUAAAGUUCAGUCUGAUUUUUCAAUACUUAUGUUCAAUUUUUAUUUCCAUUUAAUUGAAAGGGGGAAGGGGGAAAGUUAAGUUAUCUUCUACAGGAAAAAUGCCGCUUAUAUGUCUUUUCAUCUAGAGAAAGAUUAAGGUUUUUAUAAAGGACCGGGAAGACAGAAAUUGAGUUCGUUUCGGAGGAGGGAGGUGUAACGUUUUGGAAACUUAUGAUUUCUCUUUUUUUUUUUCUUUUCUAUUUAAUAAUCGGACUGAUUGUGAGCCACAGCAACGCGUGGCGGG